CGAUAGAGUUGAAUGGGGUUUCAUCGGAGCAAUAACGGAAUCUCUUGGUUUCAAUGAGUGCUAUGUGAUUUAAUUUCUACUUGUUGCAUGUCUUAUCAGAGAAUUGAAGACUGCUCAGUAACAUUCUUAGUACAUAAGAAAUUUCAAGGAGCAACUCAGAGGAGAAAGAAAAUGGUUUCCAAGCAUAUGUUAAUUCUUAACGUAUUGAUUUUAUUAUGUUUUCCAUGCAGGAACACUUCUGCUGCGACUGCAACUGAAAUGGUGGUUUUUUGGCCUGAGAAAUGCCCAGAAAUUACCAAUCAGUUUGCUAAUACCUGCAAGCGCUACCUUCCAUCUUCUUCCAUACCCUUCUCAGAAAAUGACUCCUUCAAAGUUUUCCCACCAUUCUACCAAAAAAACAAAGAAGUUUUCCCAAUUUACAACUGGACUGAUGUUCAGAAUAUGCUCUCCUUCGAACUUUAUGCAGCAGACGGCUUCAUGACAGAGGAUCCCCUGUUAGACCCAUUUAAUGUCAAUUACUCUUUUGCAGAGCAUGUGACGCGUAGAGAGAGGGGAAGAAGAAGAAAUUCCACCCGCUUUUUCGUUGAUUUUUCAUUCUCUGGAUUCGCAGCGCCAGUUUUUUAUAUUGCACAAGAUUAUGCCCCAGAACCUUCAGUUCAUCAGAAAUUUUCUGGUUCAUCAGGUGACCUGGGAAGUGACUUUUCAUCUAGUUUAUUAGACAACAGCUCGAUUGUUGUUUAUGUUGUACUUCUAGGAACUUCUAUCUUAGGCUUAAUUGUCCUUGCUAUCUGGUUUUAUCAAGCACAAAUGAGAAAGAAGAAAACAAAACGGAGAGAAACAUUCUUUAAGCUAAAUGGGCAUUUGCUACUGAAGAAACAGAUUGCUCAUGCUGUACAUAUCAAAAUCUUUGCCAUGGAAGAGAUGGAAAGAGCAACUGACAAAUUCAAUGGUAGUAGAAUCAUUGGCAGAGGAGGUUCAAGCAUUGUUUACAAGGGAAUGCUACCAGAUGGUACCGUGGUAGCUAUUAAGAAGGCCAUCAAUUUCGAUGAAACUAGAAUUGAUGAAUUCAUAGACGAAAUUGUCAUUUUGUCUCGAAUCAAUCAUAAAAACAUGGUGGAGCUGCUGGGUUGUUGCUUAGAAACACAGGUUCCUCUAUUGGUUUAUGACUUUGUCCCCAAUGGAACCCUCUCCCAACAUCUCCAUGAUGUUACAUCUGCUUCAUUCUUGAGUUGGGAACACCGCUUGAAGAUUGCUGUUGAAGUUGCAGAAGCACUCGCCUAUAUGCAUUCUUUUCCAAAUAGGCCAAUCAUUCAUAGAGACAUAAAAUCAACCAACAUACUGUUGGAUGGGAAUUUUCAUGCCAAAGUGUCUGAUUUUGGGGUUUCAAGGCUACUCCCAUCUGCCGAAACUCAUGUAACUACACUGGUCCGAGGAAGCUUGGGUUACUUAGAUCCAGAGUAUUACCAAUCAGGUCAACUCACGGAGAAGAGCGAUGUCUAUAGCUUUGGAGUAGUUCUUGCAGAGCUCAUGACAAGUGAAAAAGCAAUCUUCACCGCUAGAACAGAAGAAGUUGAAGGUCUAGCCAAUCAUUUUGUGAAAUCAAUGAAAGGUAAUCACUUGAUGCAGAUUUUAGAUCCUAGAUUAGUGGACGAAAGAAAUGUUGAUGAGUUCCAUAUGGUUGCCAUGAUUGCUGAAAGAUGCUUAGGAUUGACUGGGAAAGAUAGACCCAAUAUGAAAGUAGUGGCAGCUGAACUUCUGCAUCUGAUGUCCAAAGAGAAGAUUCCAAGAAAACAGAGAGGGUUCAAGAAGAUCCGUGUGUUUCAAAACGUUGCCAGUCGACUAAUUAUAAGGCCAAGGCCAACAUAGUUAUGACCUUUUUCUGAGAAUGGUGAAACUGUCAUAAGCUAAUCUAUUUGAAAUGCACACUUUGUUUAGUAGUUUUUGUUCAAAGGGAAAUAAUUCAUGUUCUUGUAUUCAAGUUUUAUAACCAUAGUUUGAUGUAUUUUGUUGUUCUUCCUCUUAUGGAGGUUUCAGAUGA